AUGGUUUUUGUUGUGGAACCAAGGGAUAUAAAUAACUGUGGUGAAUCAGCUGAUAUGAAACGGGAGUUAGCUGAAAGUUUAAAAGAUAAAGUUAGUGUCAUACAAGUCAAAACGAAACGUAUUCGAAGGGAACUUAACUUGACAGAAAGAGAAGUUGAAAAUAUUGAACAACUUCGCAGACCAAUAUAUCCACGAUUACCUCUUGAAGAAUGUGAAGAUUCACCUGAAGACGAUGAAACGCCUAAACCACCAACAAAUGCAUUUUGUGAAGUUACAACGGUUAUUACAGAUGAACAAGAACAAGAACAAGAACAAGAACAAGAACAAGAACAAGAACAAGAACAAGAACAAGAACAUGAACAAUAA